AUGUCUAAUCCAUCAGUCCACGCAGACCUUCGGGCUACGAACGAUCCUGGCCACUUACCCUACGAGAUCUUCCUUCUCAUUGUAGACGCGAUGAUUUCAGAGGCUUACGAGAAGGCUAGACAUGAAAAGGUGACCUACAUACUCCAGUACCGAAUCAUAUGGAAUCGAGACGUUCCGGAUAAGCAAGUCUACAUUAGUGUGGACAGCCCAGGCUACGAGACGCAGAAGUGGCGACUGAACCAGAUCCGAACCUUUCUCCAGAUCGAUAGAACCAGUAGACGCAUGGUAGAACGAGUCUUCGUUCCCACUGACUUGUGGAGCUAUCUUUAUAACCAACCCAUGCGAGGCCUUUGGCAUGACCACAAGGUGUCUGGAUGUGUGCUUCCGGACGUUGACAUUUUCGAAGCCAUGCCGACCCUGGAAAUGACACCACCAGACCGAGACCUUCGGUCUACAAUUCUCCAUCCCAGCACCGAAGAGAAAGACUUUUUCCGACUCAUAAGAAGGGUCCAAGGGGAUUUGGAUGACUUUGUGCCAUCUUCUGAUUUCUGGCGGCCGGGUUUUACGCCCGAAGCGCUGCGGUCAUUUCCCAACUUGAAAGAAAUCCGGCUCAAAGCCGAACAGAACUUUGCUCGACUCGACCCGAGAGUAUCAUUCCACUACUCACAUGAACACGACAUGCCCAUAGAUACCCAGAUUUUUCCGCUGCUAGAGAACUGGAAGUCUAGGUACGGAGAGGCUCUAGAAACGCACUUGCGGGUUGCUGAAGAGCGAGAAGUCCCUUGUUUCAUCAUGACAGGCAAAUUCUGGAGGCCCCAGAUCAAGAAGGCAAGACUGCUGUUAAAGGAUGGAGCCGUUCGCAUGCAAUUUGUUAAUCCGGGCUGCGAUUGCUACUACCAGCUAUAUUCUGAUUUGAAUGCUCGUGGCGUUACUCUGGAGAGUGUCAUGCAGCAGCAAGAAUAG